AUGGAAUCAAUCGAUGUUCAAAAUAGAUCCUUUGUGGUGCGUUGGGUGAAAUGCUAUCCAGGUGAAUCAAUUUCGUAUCAGAUUAAACCUCUGAAAAAAUCGUUAGAGUUUUCUAUUUAUAGGAAACCAAUGAACACACUAAACACCUCUAGCUUAAGCAAUUCUGUUUCUAAUACCACCACAUUGAAUCUUGGCUCAGAUGUCACCCACAUCUUAUCACCACUUGAUACAUCUUUCCCCAACUCAUCGAUCACUAAUGAUUCAAAUUCCAAUAUCAGCGGUUCAUCUGCAAAUGCUGCCAACUCAGGCUUGAACUUGUCGCAUAUACUGUCUGCCUCGACUACUUCAAGUCACAGUAUUCCUCAUAUCCAACGUGGGCUACCCACGAAGAAUACAGGGAGUAGUGCGACUACUCCAACUGCUCUACAUGAUAAGUUAAUUCAAUCUGAAUUUAAAUUGGUUAAAAAUAUUGGCCAUUUAGAAGGUGACGUUUUGACACAAGGGGUUAUUGACGUGAAGAAAAGUUCUACUAAAAAUGGGAAUGAUGCUGACGAUACCCUGUACUAUUAUGCAUUCAUCCUUGAUAACACUGCUUCUAAAAACGUUAAAAAGAAAGUCCUUUAUAAUAUAUCUGUUUUAAAUAAAAGACAUGUUGAUGCAACACCAAAUUUAACUAAAGAAUUGAAAAGUAUUGCAAGCAAAGGCUCUAACAGCACAACGAAUUCCAUAGAAUUAUUAUCUGUCGGUAGAGGCAGAUAUCUACAAGGCUACUUGUUGAAAAAGAGAAGGAAGAAAUUACAAGGGUUUAAGAAGAGAUUCUUCUCUCUGGAUUUUAAAUAUGGUACAUUAUCAUAUUACUUAAAUAACCACAAUCAAACUUGCCGUGGUGAAAUUGUUAUUGGAUUAUCAACCGUCUCUGCUUCUAAAAGAGAACGUAUGAUUGUUAUUGAUUCAGGAAUGGAAAUUUGGUCAUUAAAAGCACAAAGUUUAGAUCUUUGGUCCAAAUGGAUCGAAGCGUUACAAUCUUGUUAUGAUAGACAAUUGUUGAUGCUAAGUAAGGAAAAGAGUCAGAUGGAAAGUGAAAAUGAGAAUCCAAGCGAUGCUGUUAAUUCAGAUACCGAUGCUAAUGUAAAUACUAAAGGUACUAGCAGCGCUACACAAGAAAUUCAUGAUAAUACUAAUACAAAUAUUUCCUUCGGUGAUAGCCUAAAACAUCCUAAUGGCCCUCAAAUCAGAAAACAUUACACUAACUCAAUGUCAAGAACCAUGACUGUAAAUUCACGUAAAUCUGAUAUUGAUAAUGCAAACCUUGAUAGACAAAGAUUUAGCGAAAUCUUAACCAAUUUGAAAAUUAUUCAACACCGUUUGGAUAAAUACAAAACACAUUCAGCUCACUAUAUUCCAAAACCAAAUGGCAUAUUCGAAAAUAUAAAUUCAAAUAAUAAUAAUAUUCAAUCCUUAAAUGAUCCUUCGGAGGAUUCAUUAAUUUCAAAUACAACUUCUAUUAAUUUAUCUGAAACUACAUCACGCUCAAAUUCACCACCAUCAGGAUUUUCAAGCAAUUCAUCCGUCGAUUUGUCACCCAAACGUAACCAUUCCCAUCCAAACUCUCCUCAUGCGCAUUCUCAUUCUACGUCACAUCUACACGGGCAUAGUCAUCCAUACCGUCAAAUGACUCAAAAGCAUCAGUUAUAUAAAGAUUUAUCUGACUUACACGAUUUUGUGGAUUUAUUCGUUCAAAAAACAGAAUCCUGGCUUCUAAUGAAUGCCUCGGUCUCCAAUGCAAACGAAGUUCCACAACUCGACAAUGACACUUCAGCUGCCUACAAUGACAACUAUAACAAUAAGACAAUUAGUGCAACAUUAAAUAAAAUUUCAAUGCUGUCUUUAAGAACCGUUGAUACAAAUAACUCUGCUAGAUCCUUGAAGAGAGAUUCAACUAUAACAAACGAUAAUAGCACAUAUGAAGAGGACGAAGGUGAUGAUGAUGAAUUUUUUGAUGCAGAAGAGAUAAUUCAGAGAGGUGUCAUUUUAUUGCAUGAUGAAGGAGAUGAUUAUUAUGGAGACGGUAAUACUGAUAAUCAAAGCAUAAACUUGGCAACUGAUAGCCACCAAGCCCUCGUCAAUACCAACACUGACCAUCUAGAUUCACAUAUUCUAGAUUUAGAGACUGAAGAAGAAUCUGAACAUUCGGACGAAGAUGAUGACGAUCAUUCAUCCAAUCUACGUCUUCAAAAAAGUGUCUCUUCUUCAACUUCUUCUCCUGCUGUAGUCAAUUCUACAAUCAAUUCUAUUGUAACUACUAGACGCUUAUCAAUUACUAACGUAGAAGUAACAAGAACUAAUACAAGGUCAUCCACACUAUCUCACGCUGCCCUAUCGAGAAUUGACUCAAGAAUAUCGAAGAAUGCUACUUCCAACAAGGUACAGCAAGGUACCUCAGUUCAUCCACAUCCAGCUACCCAUCCAUCUGCCCAUCAUCAUACGGCUGAACACGGUGAACAAGAGACACAUCACCAACACCAUGCUCACCAUCAUACUGACGCCGAUAUUUCUAAAUCUACUUCAACUGCAUUAACUCCACUACCUUGGCCUCAUCGUGUUAAACGUCGUGAUGACAUUAAAGAGUCAAAUUGCUAUCCUCCAUCAAUAUUGUCUUUCUUAAGAAAAAAUGUAGGUAAAGAUUUAGGAUCCAUUGCAAUGCCAGUAACUGCAAAUGAACCAUUGACUAUUUUGCAAGCAUUUUCUGAAAUAUUCGAAUAUUCUGAAAUAUUGACAUCUAAGAACAGUGCAAAGCAUUCCAAAUUGUCCCAUCAACCCCAGAUUACUCUGGUUUCAAUUUUUGCCCUGUCAGCGCUCUCAAUGUUUAGAGAGAAGAUUAGAAAUGCCAGAAAACCUUUUAAUCCAUUACUAGGUGAAACAUUUGAAUUGGUAAGAGAAGAUUUGGGCUUUAGAUUGGUCUCCGAAAAAGUUUGCCACAGGCCACAGAUAUUUGCUAUCCAUGUUGAUCAUGAAUUAUGGGAAUGCAGCUAUACUGUUUCCCCUGUUCAAAAAUUCUGGGGCAAAUCUGUUGAAUUAAACAAUGAAGGAACUUUCCAUUUAAGGUUUAAGGCUACAAAUGAAGAGUUUCAGUGGUCUCAGCCAACUACUAUGUUAAAAAAUUUAAUUGCUGGAGAUAGAUAUAUCGAACCAAUUAAGGAUUUUACUGUAACAUCCACCAUAGGCAGUAAAUCUAAAGUUUUAUUUAAAGAUGCAGGAAUGUUUGGCGGUAGAUCAGAAGAUGUAACAAUUACUGUCUCACCUUCAAAUAAGAGUAAAAAAUCCUCUAAGCAAAUCUUAAUAGGUAAGUGGACUCAUUCAAUUAUGGAUAAAUCUAGUCAAGAGACAUUAUGGGAAGUUGGCGAAUUAGUUAAAAGCCCAAAGAAGAAAUAUGGUUUCACCAAAUUUGCAGCUAACUUGAAUGAAAUAACCGAAAUCGAAAAGGACAUGUUGCCACCAACAGAUUCAAGACUAAGACCUGAUGUCAGGGCUUAUGAAAAUGGUGAUAAUGAUAAAGCUGAAAGCUUGAAGCUAAAACUAGAACAGGAUCAACGUGAUAGACGUAAUGGGGGCCAUGAUGUUAAACCCAGAUACUUUAAGAGAAUUUCUGAUGAAAAAUGGGAGCUAAUAAAAGGCUCAAAUGGGUACUGGGAAAGAAGAGAAAGGAAAGAUUGGAUUGAUAUCACUCCUUUAUGGUAA